ACCAAAAGGCAUUUCCAACUGUUACACUUUAUGCCAAAUGGCACUUUAGAAAGCUAACCUCUUCCAGGUAAUUAAGUGGAACAACACCUGCUAGCUCUCCCAGGGGAUCCAUCACUAAGGUAGGUAGAAGGUUGUAAACAAAGGUUCCUCCAGGUGUACCUGAUCUCUGUGGGUAAAAUUCUGAAGAAAAAAAAAAAAAAGGUACAAACAGGUUCUGAUGAACACUCCUCACUCUGCAGUCCAGGCUGCAAGGACCAUCGCCACAGGUAGGUAAGCCGUUCAUGCCGCUUUGCCAGCGCGCUCAAACACUUCAUUUUAGCAGCAUGCAAAAGAAACAGCAAUGUGGCUGAGGGGCUGUCCAAUGCUUCGCUGUCAUGCAGUACAAAGGUGUGCUCGAGGAGGUUUGAGCAGAGCAGCUGCUGACAGGCUCAAGCUGGUAGGUAACAGGAAGCCAGGAUGGCUGUGCUGGGAAUGACUGAGGCUCUGGACGUGGGAGCACUGCGUGGACCCAACGCUCACAGUUUGCAGCCUCAGUCCAACACAGUAAGGGUGUUCAUCAGCUCAACGUUUUCAGAUUUUGCCAGUGAAAGGAAUGCGUUUUGGGACAAGACUUAUUCUGAGUUACAAGACUACUGUCAGAGUCUUGGCCUAGUCCUUGAGGUUGUAGACUUUAGAUGGGGUUUGAGCAGUUCCAUCACUCUGGAUCACAUGACAACUGAGCUGUGCUUGCGGGAAAUACAGUUGUGUCACAAAGUAUCAGCCGGCCCUAGUUUCAUUGCUUUAGUAGGAAAUCAGUAUGGUCAGCGGUCUAUCCCUCAUUCUAUACCAGAGAAUGAAUUUGAGCUACUACUCAGUAAACUUUCCGAGGACCAAGAGGGCUUGACUCUUUUUAAGCGAUGGUUCAUCAAAGACAACAACUCAGUACCUCCCCAAUAUGUCCUACAACCAAUCACCAAACACUUUCCUUGUUACGAUGACCCCGAGUCAGGGCCGCAGCAUGAAGCCGAGGUUGUGGCAUGGAAUCUAAUGGAGGCUCGCCUGUUGCAUUUAUUCCACACUGCAGCGCUGGAAGCUGAGAGGGCUGGGGACAUCAGUGCAGAACAGAAGCGCAAAUUCUUCAAGUCAUUGACGGAGCGGGAGAUGGAGCAGGGUUUUCUCAGUUCUCAGCAGGACAACUGUUCGGCAGUCAUCUUUGUGAGGGAACUGCCUCAGCUAAAGAAGAGUGAACAGCAGAAACACAGCAGUAAGUUCUUUGAUGUCACGGCUGAUGGCCUCCUGGACACUGAGGCACAGGAGCUCUUGAAUCUUCUCAAACACCGUAUUUACAACGCCCAUCCAAGCAACCUUGACCUCCACUCCAUAGAGCUUAGCAAGGGCGCGAUGGACAAGAGCCGCAAAGAGCACAAGGACUAUCUGGACAACUUCUGUGAACUGAUCGUAUCUCAGGUAAAGGGGAAGAUUGGCAGGCAAGCUGCUUCACCAACGGGUCCAGCGUGGCCCUGGCUUCAGCAAGAGCUCUCCCAUCAGGCAAAGCUGAGCGAGGAGAAGUGUGCCGUCUUCACCGGACGAGACAGCCUUCUUGGCAAGCUCUGCCUCAUGAUGUGGGAGUCCACAAACAUUCUCCACGCACCCCUCGUAGUGUACGGACCUCCAGGGAUGGGAAAGUCCGCUCUGCUGUGUAAGCUGGCACAGGAGAUGCGCUCUGUUCUAGAACCGCAGGCCGUGGUCGCGCCAAGACUGCUCGGUACAUCUCCGCUCAGCUCGGACGUGGACUCUCUCCUCAAGGGAGUGUGCAUCCAGGUCUGUGGCGCUUUUGGAUUGACUGCCCCCUGCCCACAGACUGCAAAUAGUCAUGCAAAAUUGGUUAGGUUUUUCCAUGCCAUGCUACAGAGGGUGUCGCAACAGGGGGAAACGCUCCUUCUUAUCUUGGAUGCCCUUGACAACCUAACACAGGCCAACAAUGGUCAUAAAUUGCACUGGUUACCCAAAGAAAUCCCCCCCAAUGUUCAUUUGGUAGUGUCUACCCUACAUAAAGGAACUGCUUUGGAGAGUUUGAGAGCACAUGUUAAUGAUGAUAAAUAUUUCUUUGAAGUGGAUCCGCUUACUUUCGAUCAAGGGCGGGACAUCGUUGACGCCUACAUGAAUGCAGCUGGGCGAAGACUCACCUCAGAGCAGGUGGACGUCAUACUCCACAGCUUCCACCAGAGCGGAAGUCCCCUGCAUCUGAAGUUGUUGCUGGAUAUGGCAAAGCAGUGGUCAUCCUAUACUGCUGCGUCUGACGUGCGCCUUGGCAGUUCCAUACGUGAAGUGAUAUUACAGUUCCUUCAGGCACUUGAGAUAAAGCACGGCAGACAGUUUGUUCGCUAUGCGCUGGGUUACAUCAGCUUAUCAAGAUGUGGCUUGUCAGAGGCAGAACUACGAGACGUCUUGUCUUUAGAUGGUGACGUUCUGGCAGAAGUGUACCAGAAGUGUCUUCCACCUAAUCCCACCAUUGUCCGCCUUCCCCCUCUCCUCUGGGCACGCCUUAGGCACGACCUGGGGGAGCAUCUGUUGGAGAGAUGGGAACAGGGCAUUAUUGUGUUACGGUUCUCCCUCAGCCAGUUUACUGAGGUGGUGAAAGAGAGGUAUCUUUCUGUGGAGCGGCGGGUUCAAAUGCAUACUGUUCUCAGUGAGUACUUCUCAGGUCAGUGGAGUCAGGGCCGACUCAAACCGAUACUUUUACCUUCGCUGGAGACACAACUGAAUGCUGACAGAAAGGUGCCCUCUCAGCCCAUGUGGUUCGCUGAAGGAACCGCCAAUCUCAGGAAGUUGCAAGAACUGCCCUAUCAUCUUGUACAUGCGGGAAAAUGGGAGGAGUUACGCCACUCCCUGCUAGGUAAUUUGGACUGGUUGUAUUGUAAGACUCUCAGCUGUGGAGUGGCCAGCGUAAUCCAAGACUUGUCACUCUGUGCCAGUGUCAUGGAAUGCCCUGAGAUUCAACUGAUACGGGACUGCUUUCUCCUGCUAAAGCCUACCUUAGACUUUAUUGAUGGGCUCAUGGACUCCUCCCUCCUGUUCACCGAGAUCUGUGUCAGGCUUCAGACUCUGACUCACGCAUACCCUUCCCUUAUUGGACGCUUGUGCUCUCAGUGCCAGGACUGGUUUGCUUCCUGUGCAGAUCCAGUGCUUGUUCCAAGGUGUAGCUUCAUGCAAGCCCCUGGUGGGCCUUUAAAGUGCACCCUCAGUGGAUUUACAAAAGGAGUUACUACUGUAGGUCUUAGCUCCAAGAGAGACUUACUGAUCGCAGGUUCUGAGGAUGGAGUGUUGAUUGCAUGGGACUUAAAGCAUCUUGAGGUGCUUCAUACACUAGUAGGACACACAGGGGCGGUGCAAUCUGUGAAGCUAACAAACAGAGGAGAUCACUGUUUGUCUACUGGACUCGAUGGCUGUCUUAGAAAAUGGAGUUUGCUCAGUGGCAAACAGCUGUUCUGUAUUCAGGUUACGGUCUUGGCCGAAGCCAGACCUGCUGAACAAAUCCAUGUGCUUGAAUCCCGAGCAGUGGUGCUUUCCAACACACAGGGAGGGAUCAAAGCUUGGCAUUUAGACACUGGAGAGCUGCUUUAUGAAGUGAGUGGGGAAGGAGACCGUUUGAUCCUUGGUGUGGUGGGCGAGGACGUGGCAGUCAUGUCCACUGAUGGCCGAUUCUGGCUGCAUGACUGCUGCACUGGUCUGCAGAAAUCCCACACGCUGCUGAGCUCUGCUCAUGGCUUCACUCUAACCAGUGUCCUCACACUUGCAAGACAUGAAAAGCUCCUCCUGGCAAUUCAGCAGUGCUCUGUGAUCUUGGUUACAGCCGCUGGCCAGCUGGCUGACGUUGAGCUGCCUGCUCCGGCUUCAUUCAUGUGUACCUCUGAUGAUGAGAGUGUGCUCUUUGCUGGCUGUGAGAGAACGCUGGCUGUGCUCAGUGUGAGUCCAACCUCUCUACACAGGACCCAAGACCUACAGCAUGAUUCCACAGUCUUAUCAGCCUUUUCUUACAGUUGUGGCAACAAAGUCAUCACUGGCUCUCAGGAUCAGAUCAUACGGGUUUGGGGUUUAAUCACUGGACAGAUGCUGGAUUCCAUCAGUGGUAUGGGCUCUCCUGUCAGCUUUUUGUCUGUGUACGAUGGCACCAUCAUCUCUGCUUCCACUAGCUCUCCCUGCCUCAAACUGUGGCAACUGGACUAUGAUCCCAAGCACAAAAGUCAGACCUGUAUUCCUGCCAAUUGCUCAAGGGUGGUCAUAUCCAAAGAUGGCAACACCGUACAUCUUGUUAGAGAAGAAGACAGAACAAAAGUGCUCACAUGGAGCUCUAAUGAAGGCCUUUCCCGUUACUUCAUGGAAGUGUCCUCUGAGGUUUGCUGUCUGGAACUGGCCCAGCACAAGCAGUUGCUCUUCUGUGGCCUGCGGACCGGCACGGUCCUCAUCUACCCCUUGGCCUUCCCAGAGGAAACCCUGUGCCUCCCCCCUCCGGAGAGCCUUCCGGCGGUACGCGGCAUGGCCAUCAGCCCCCUCGAGGACCGAAUUGCUGUGGCCCACGAGGACGUGGUGCACCUGUUCGAGAUCCACGGCCAGACAGCUUUCCCCUGUGUGGAAGGCCCUUUCCACAGCUACUCACUCACCCUGCUGCACUCGCCGGUGUCCGCCGUGGUUCUGCUGUCCGACAGCCGUCUCCUCUAUGGCACACUCGGUGUGAGGUGCAUCUAUGACUUCAAAAGUGCCUCGGCAGCCGAGCUUGAUCACCACGGAGCUGCUAUUACCUGCAUCGCCCUGAGCAACUGGGACACACAUGCGCUGAUUGGUUCUCAGGACUGUGUCAGAAGCUUUGGAGUUUGAAUCCCUUGUGCUGGACCAUACAUGGAGUACAAGGACUUCUAUUUUGAGGGCGUUCUAUGUGCAGCUUUCUCUGUAAAUGAUAAGUAUGUGUUCACUGGAUCUCGAGACAAAACCAUCAAAGUGUGGGACGUUGCUACAGGAUGUUUAUUAUAUAUCCAGUAUGUGUAUGCCACGAUCAUGAAAAUCACCCCCUAUAAGGACGGCUUUGUAGCCAUCUCACAGCAUGGGUCUUAUAUUAAGGAGGGCUUCCGUUGUCCUGACAGUCUGUCACCAAGCUACAACCCGCUCCGGAACUUCAGGGCACAUUAUCGUGUGACUUCACGUGAAAAGGUCCUUGAGCGACCCCACUCCUAUCUCAAAGGAGUCCAUGAUUAUAAUCCGGCACAGUUUAACUUUAUGAACAUGCUCAAGAUGAAACAAUCCAACACAUGUGUCCUGCUAUGAGAAAUAUGUGCAUGGGGU